AUGCAAACAGAAGCAACCUUGCAAGCAAUACGAUAUCAACGUGGUGUAUUAUCAAUUCUAGAUCAAUUAAAAUUACCCGAUGAAACAGUCUAUAUUUCUAUUAAUACAGCUGAUGAUGCAUGGAAAGCUAUACAUACAAUGUCAAUUCGAGGUGCUCCAAUUAUUGCGGUAUGUGGUGUAUUAAGUGUUGCUGUUGAAUUGCAUAAUUCAAAAUCAAAAUUUGAUUCAAUAUCAUCUGUUACACAGUUUGUUACCGAUCAACUUAAUUAUUUAGUUACUGCUCGACCAACAGCAGUUAAUAUGACUGAUGCUGCUAAAACAAUAAUUAACUUUUUAACACCAUUACAUAUUAAACAAAAAAAUUUAACAAUAUACAUAGAUGAAUUACUUGAUUUUAUGGAACAAUUUCUUCAACGUGAUCUCAUUGGCAAUCGAUUAAUUGGCCAAUAUGGUGCUGCAACUAUUUGUCGAAAUAAUUCAAAUAAAAAGAAAUUAAACAUUUUAACACAUUGCAAUACAGGCUCAUUAGCAACGGUUGGUUUCGGUACUGCUCUAGGAGUUGUUCGACAACUGGCUGCAAAUAAUGCUCUUCAAAUAGUUUAUUUUACUGAAACUCGACCCUACAAUCAAGGUUCAAGAUUAACUGCUUAUGAAUUAGUACAUGAUCGUAUCCCACACACAAUGAUUUGUGAUUCAAUGGCUGGUCUUUUAAUGCGUACACAACCAAUACAUGCUGUUGUUGUUGGUGCUGAUCGUAUAACAGCUAAUGGUGAUACUGCAAAUAAGAUUGGUACCUAUCAAUUAGCUGUACUAGCUAAACAUCAUCAGAUUCCAUUUUAUGUUGCUGCACCCACAACAUCAAUUGAUCUGACGAAACGUUCAGGUGACGAAAUUAUCAUUGAACAUCGUCCUUCGAGUGAAAUGACAACUAUUAAAGGAAUAAAUCUUGCACCAGAAGGUGUUCAAGUUUGGAAUCCAGCAUUUGAUAUAACACCUGCUUCAUUAAUUACUGGUAUAAUAACAGAACAUGGUGUAUUUCAGCCUGAUGAGCUUGAAGAAAAAUUAUUAGGUUUACAGCAAUCGUUAACUAGUCCAUUGUAG